ACAGACCCGGUCAGAGACCCGCCUAAACGCUGAUACUGAGGAUGAGAUAUACAUGUGCUGUGAUCCUUCUGUCAACUCUGAUAUGUAUUACGUCAUCAGACAUCCCCUUCCGAAACGCCUCCCUACCCUGGCAGGUGCGCGUCGAGGACGUGGUGGGGAGACUGACCAUCCAGGAGAUUCAGGCCCAGCUGGCCAGUGGUCAGGGAGCUACCCCACCCAUCAGUAGAUUAGGCAUUGGGAAAUACUCAUGGUGGACAAACUGUGGCCGGGGGGAUGUUGGUCAGAACGCUACCGCCUUCCCCCCAGGCAAUUGGCAUUGGAGCGUCGUUUGACAAGGACCUGAUCUACCGAGUAGCAGAAGCCAGCAGUUCCGAGGUUCGAGCCUACUACAACCACUUCGUGAAGACGGGGUCCAUGGGCAUCCACCAGGCUCUCAGCUGCUGGAACCCUAACAUGGACCUCUACAGAGACCCACGCUGGGGCAGGGGGCAGGAAACUCUAAGCGAAGACCCCUACCACGCCGGUGAGCUGGGAUUCCAACACGUGAAAGGUCUCCAAGGUAACCAUCCUCGCUAUGUUAGAACUACUUCCGCCUGUAAACACUUCGAUGUGGCCGACGGACCGGAAGACUGGCCAGUAGACUCUCAUGUGUUCAAUUCCAAGGUUUCAGAACGAGACUUCAGAAGCUACUUCCUGCCUCCCUUCCGGAAAUGUGCGGAGGCUGGGUCCUUCGGCUUCCACUGCUCCCUCAACUUCAUCAACGGGGGUCCCUGCCUGCGCCAAUAAGAAGUUGCUGACAGACAUAGUGAGAGGGGAGUGGAACUUCACAGGAUAUGUCGCAGCUGAUUCAGGAGCUCUCCUCAACAUCAUCCAGGCCCAGCACUACUUCAACAACACCGUCGACGCCGCCGCAGGCUGUCUGAACGCUGGGUGUGGCCUGGAGGUGCAGUCGGGUGAUUUGAGAGUGUACAACUCAAUCAUUGAUGCUAUACAUGACAACAAAGUUUCGGAAGAUUUUGUCCGGGAGCAGAUGAAACCCCUCCUCUACACCAGAUUAAGACUCGGAGAGUUCGACCCGCGGGAGAUGAACCCGUACAAUUACCUCGACAUUGAUGAAGUCGUGCUGAGCUCCACACACCGACAGUUAGCUGUAGAAGCAGCUGUCAAGAGUUUCGUCCUGCUGAAAAAUACCAACAGCUUUUUACCCAUGAAAACCCUUUAUAGCCACGUUGCUGUGGUAGGUCCCAUGGCAAAUGGUAGCCAACAGGUGUUUGGUGACUACGCCCCGAGUCCUGACCCCCGUUACAUCAGCUCCCCUCUGUCCGGACUGGUCAGACUGGGCACCACGGCCACCCACGCUGCAGGCUGUUCCAGCACCUUCUGUACCGACUACAGGAAGGGAGACGUGGUCAAGGCGUUGCAAGGAGCCGACGUGGUGUUCGUAUGCCUAGGAACAGGUCAGGCCAUUGAGACGGAGGGGCGUGACAGACACAACAUCUCUCUGCCGGGACAGCAGCUGCAGCUUCUACAGGACGUCGUCAGCAACACGGACAAGCCCGUUGUGUUGAUCUUGAUCAACGGCGGCCCCCUCAACAUCGGAUGGGCCAUGACAAAUCCACGCGUCGUGGCCAUUUUGGAAUGCUUCUAUCCGGCUCAAGGAGCAGGCAACGCCAUUUGGUCUUCUUUGACCAACACUGGGACAGGGUCUGUACCAGCUGCCAGACUGCCUUUCACAUGGCCGAGCACUGAUAGUCAGAUCCCUCCGAUGGUGAACUAUUCUAUGGCUGGUCGGACAUACUGGUACUUUGAUGGAGAGCCGGCCUUCCCCUACGGCUACGGUUUGUCGUACACCACGUUCAGAUAUGAUGACUUUACCUGCGACAUCACCGUUUUGGCGGGGGGCGGGUUGUGGUGUAGUGUCACUGUCUACAACACGGGUUCAUAUGACGCUGAUGAGGUCACCCAGGCCUAUAUGUCGUGGCAAAAUACGUCACUUCCUGUACCCAGAAUUCAGCUGGUAUCGUUCACCAGGACAACCAUCGCGUCCGGUAGGUCUGCAGUUUACGAGUUUACACUGGACCCCAGGAACAUGGCCGUGUGGACUGAUUACGAUGGGUGGGCGGUACUUCCGGGUAUGAUGGACAUCUAUAUUGGAGGUCAGCAGCCCAAUCAGCAGAUGUCUGUCGGAUCUAACGUGGAACACAGACAGUUUCAGAUUAUAGGAACUAAAAUACUAGGAAAGUAUUAAAUUGUCAAAAUCA